UACUACUGCUUGGAUCGCCAGCCAGCCCAGCUCUCUCUCUCUCUCUCCCGGCUCGGCGCGCGCCCUUGCUUAUAGCUGCUGCUGGUGCUGGUGCUGGAGCGAGCGAGCAAGCGAGCUAGCGAGCCGCCCGCCAACAGCCAGCCACUCUCUCUCAGCCGGGCUGCCAGCAGCCUGCCCACCGCCACUAGCCACUAGCCAGCCAGUCAUAGUGUCAGUCGGUCCCGAGCGGAGGUGAAGGUGGGAUAUACGAACCGCUGCUCGAGGGAUCAAUGUGACGUGUAUAGCCCAGCCACCCAUUUCGCCAUGGCUUUUCGAUCGGCCGCCACCAGACGAUGCGACGACGUCUACUAGGACGUGCCACGACGAUGGCUGCGCCGCGCCCGUGAGAGAGCGCCCUCAGCGCGAGUCCUGUGUUGUUGCCCUUUUUUUUUUCCAUUAAAGACGUGCUGUGCUGUGUUGUGGCUGGUUUUUUGGUCGUUUCGUUCGGAAGCCGCGUUUCUGAAUAUGAAUACUUCGCGUUUACGUAUUGCAACAGCAGCACGAUUCCAGUGUGCAAUGGGCGUCGUGUGAGACCUAGCGGUGGUGCUGCUGCCGCCCACCCCACGCCCUUUCUGUAUCUGUUAUCUAUAUCUCUUAUCGUUUUUUAAGGGGGGAGGGGUUACUGUGUCGUUGGUGGUGAACCGAGAGUUUUUUGAGAGUUCCAAAUCCGAAUUUUGGAUUCUUGUUUUUUUGUGCUUUUGUUGGAAUUCCGCGACUACGACUCGGGGGGCGGUGAGCCCCGUUUUUAUGUUGUGCUUGCAAGAACGCAUAAAGCACAUACACACAGAGACGACGAUACCUACUCUGCCUACCUCUUCCUCCUGCCGCUGCUCCUCUACUCUGCUUGCCCACAAGUGGGUUGAACCGAAGUACGGCCUUUGAAAGGUUGCUGGAGCUGUUGGCGUCGAAAAGAAGAGAAGAAGAAGAAGAAGGAGAAGAGGAAUAAGAAGAAGACUAAGAAGAAGGAACGAGAGGGGGGGAAAGGGAUACUUAGCAAACUCCUUUCUCCCUUAGUGAAACUUUUCCUCCUGGAAUAGCAAAAAAAAAAAAAAAAAAAAAAAAAAAAAAACAGAGAAUCUGGAAAUUUUUGUUUUUUAUUUUUUAUAAUCAAGUGAAUCAAGGAAAAAGAAAGGAAGAAGGAAGGAGAGAACGACGGAGUGAAGAGAAUCUGUGUUUGAGUGUGUGUGCGUGCGUGUCGUCGUGCGUGCGUGCGCGCCGCCAGGGAGGGCUUCCGAUCCCAAUGGAGCCCCUGGAACGCUCCUGCUGGAAAGGUGUUGACGGUGACGUCCAGGGAACCUGGAAAACGUUGGCUGUGAUUGUGAGUGGCUCGAGGAACGGUAGGUAAUAAUAGUGAAGAAAUACGAAACGAAACGAAUGAAAAGGAAUAGUUAGUACAUUCGUCAAGUAACUUAUCCCCAAAAGAGACAGACAGAUAUUCCAGAUCACCACAAACAAACAAACAGACAGACAAACAAACAAAAAAACACACACACCAUGAAGAGAGUUGCAACAUCAUCGACUACCCUCACCACUACCACGACAAAGCCCAAGUGUAACUGCUGCAACUCGUCACUAUCAUUAUCAUCAUCAUCUUCAUCAUCAUCAUCAUCAUCUUCCAGUUCGAGUGAAUGUCACCACCAUCACCACCACAGUCACUAUCACCACCAUCAUCACCAUCACAGGCAAAAUGUGCGAUUAACCAGCAAUUCCUCCAACAAUUCUCCAUCUUCUUCUUCUUCUUCUACGUCAACGUCAUCUUCAUCAUCAUCAUCAGCAGCAGCAGCUUCCAACUCCUCUCGAUCAGCUUCAUCGUCGGCGCCCACGGGAGUGGCAACAACGGCCACUUCCCGGUGCCAGGAUUAUCAUCAUCAUCGCCCGGGUUCUCCAGCGACCACCGGCAGCAGCAGGGUCUUCAAAGGGCAGGGCGGGCUACCUCGAGAGAUCAUCUACACGCGUCGCUCCACCACCUCAAAAGAUGAUGCUGGGGGAGGAGCAGGAGGAGGAGCAGGAGGAGGUGGGGGUAGUAGGGCUAGAGGGGGCGAUGGCCCCACCGGCCCCAAAUUAACCAACGGUAUUAUCUACGGUGGGACGGUCCUCUUGGCCGUGGCUCUGUAUCUCAACACCCUGCAGGCGGGAUUCGUCUACGAUGACCACCGCGCAGUGUUGGGGAACCAAGACGUCGUCGGGUCAGGCCCUUGGUGGCGGGUCUUCGAGCACGACUUCUGGGGGUCGCCUCUCGCCCGUAAGGCCUCUCACGGGUCGUGGAGACCAGUGACGACCUUAUCCUUCAGGUGGAACGUCAUCGUGGCCAGAAUGUUGUCCCACAACAGCGACAAGGGCGCCGAGGAGGAGGAGGGCUCCUCCGAGAUGGGGAGCGACAUUUCCCCGACAACUUCGUCAUCCUCCUCCUCCUCCUCCGGGAAUAAGGACGUCCCACGAAAACAUCAUCAUCAUCAUCAUCAACGUCAGACGCCUCCUGGGAAUAUUCCAACUCCUCCUCCUCCUCCUCCUCAACCUCCUGGGAAUCUUCCGCCUCCUCCUCCUUCUUCGUCUUCUUCUGCUGCGCCCUCAGGCCCUCCCCGCCGCCCUUCGGACCACGCCCAUUCUCCAGUGCCAACCGCGUCUUCGUCCGCCCCUUCUGCUGUGCCUUCUUCUUCGUCUUCUUCCUCUUCUUCAGUGACGCCCUCGCUCAACACCACCAUCUCGGCCUCCACCUUCCACGCCCUCAACGUCGCCCUCCACGCCGCCGUCACCGCCGCCUACGUGGGCGUCCUCAAGUGCGCGGGCGUGAGCCCCUGGGUCAGGCUAGGUGCCGGCGCCCUUUUCGCAGCCCACCCGGUGCACGUGGAAGCCGUGGCGGGCGUGGUGGGCAGGGCGGAGCUCCUGGCCGCCCUCGCUUUCUGCCUGGCACUGACCGCCUAUAUAAAGUAUCUCCGAGGGCGUGACGACACAGACAGGGUAUCUGUAGGAGGAGGAGGAGGAGGAGGAGGAGGGGCAGUAAGAGAGCCGUCUGGGGGAAGCUGGAGGCGUGCCAGCAUCAGCAGCAGCAGCAACGGCUGCGGGUGCUGGGAGGAACAUCAGAGGCAGAAAUCCUUUGAAGCCGCGAAGUCCGACUCGGGAGGGGAGGCCGCCGACGGAAGUAGCGGCUGGUGGUGGUCGUGCGUGCAAAUCCCCUCGUGGGCAUGGUUGAUGGCCAGCGUGGGAGGUGCGGGCGUGGCCAUGGCGUGCAAGGAACAGGGCGUGACCGCCCUGGGUGUGGCGCUUCUCCUCCACGUGGCUGUCAUCGUCAGUAACACCCACCAGAGUAAGCCAGUGCUCAGGGCCUUAAUUCGGGAACUCUGGCCCGGAUGUUUGGGAACAAUCCUACUGCUGUGGGGUCGAAUAAGCGUCUCUUCGUAUACCCCAACCUUCACUCCAGCGGACAAUCCCACGGCGCACGCGCCCUCCAUGCUCACGAGGGCGCUGAGCAUAGGAAGGGCGUGGUCGAUGCACGCUCGCCUUUUAGUCUGGCCGGCCACCUUGUCCUUUGACUGGUCCAUGGGGGCCGUGCCCUUGGUGACCUCCAUCUUCGACCUGGCCAACGUCGAGACCCUGGUCCUACUGACGACCCUCGCGGCUCUGGCCUUGAAGGGAACGCGAGCGUGCUGGGUCCUGAGGAGGCGGAAAAGGCAGAGAAGCCACAGCGCCGUCAAAAUCUAUACAUAUCACAGCCACCAUGCCUACCACGACCUGCUCAACAACAAUAUCCAACAGGGGGACAUCUCCCCCCAUUCCUCCAAGCUCCACCACCACCACCACCAACACCACCACAGUCCUCAUCGAGGAGGGCCCUGGGGAGAGUCCAGGAAUCUGCAACUGGUGCUGGCGUGGAGCCUGUUGGUCGUGCCCUUCCUCCCGGCCUCUAACCUGGCUGCCUACGUGGGAUUCGUCGUGGCCGAGCGAGUCCUGUAUCUGCCUUCCAUGGGCGCCUCUCUCUUGGUGGCGCUGGGGAGCCAAGCCUUGUGGCACCACUUCAACAGAAGCUUUCACUCGUCAAGAGAGUGCCAGAGGAAAGAACCAGUGGCCCGCAGGGUGCCCCCCAACCGCCGUCAGAAGUGGCUGAUUUGGGGAUGGGUGCUCCUUCUGGCCCUCCUCAGCGUCAGGACCAUCAGGAGGAACCAAGACUGGCAGUCUGACGAGACGCUCUACCAAUCAGGCGUCGGGGUCAACCCACCGAAGGCCCUCUCCAACCUGGGCGUGGUGUACAGCGAACAAGGGCGGCUGGACGAGGCAGAGGCGGCCUACAGGACAGCACUGAGCUACGCCCCAAAUCUGGCAGACACCCACUACAAUCUCGGCCUCCUUCUGGCCACCAAGGGCCAACAGGAGGCGGCCAUCUCCAGCUACCAGGCUGCCCUGCGGAGUCGACCCUGGCUGGCCCAAGCUUACCUGGCCAUGGCAGCUGCGCUCCAGAACCUUAAUAAACCCGAACAAGCGAUUAAGGUCCUGGAGAGCUGCCGUGGCAUCACGUCAGCGCCCGCCAGGGGACAGCUGGAGCCACGCCUCCGCGGUCACCAGCUGCAGGCAGCGGCUGGCGCGCGCCCACAUCCUGGCGGGCCAGCCCCACGUCGCUCUGGAGGAGUUAUCUCAGGCCUUACUCCACGCCCCUCACCCCUCAGGGCUUCCCCGCCCACACCCUCUAUACCCUGGCGGGCCGAGGGCGCAUCUGGAAGCCGGGAACACGGGGAGGCGGAGAGGCGCUCUCGAGGGCGUUGGCUCACCACCCUCACCACGUUCCCGCCCACCUCGCCUUCUCCAGGAUGCUCCAGGCCAAUGUGA